CAAGAAUCAGUAAGCUCAUGUCCUUAGCCUGAACAGCCAUGAAAGUCCUGGUCCUCGUCACUCUGGGUCUGGUCGCCCUGGCCGCCGCCCGACCCUCCGACAUCAUCGACAUCGAGGAGGACCACAUGGAGCACGAGCAGGAGGGCAUUCCAGGAACGGCCGUGGAGGGCGAGUACUCGUGGGUCGCGCCCGACGGCAACGAAUACGUCAUCAAGUACGUCGCCGACCGCUUCGGUUACCGAGUCGUCGAGGACAACGUUCUGCCAGAGUUCCGUGACGCCAAACCUGACGGUGAAAUGGCCGAGGACGACGACGACGACGACGCUGCUGAAUUCCGUGCUGCUGACGACGAGGAGGACGACGAUUAGAUGAAAUAUAGUACGAAUAUAUUGUAAUGAUUACUGAAAAUAAGAGAAGAAAAUAAACAUUUUCUACUUUUUUA